UUUCUUCUGGUUAUGUUGUCUUUUCCCUCUUUCUCUCUCUCAUCUGCUUGUUUUGGUGGUGAUUUCUGUUUGUGGGUAUCCACUCUUUUUCAUUUGGGAUGUGGACAUUGUCUUCCUUAUCACGCCUCUAUUUGGUUCUUUCUUUUUGCUGGUUGUUCCAUAGUGUUUGCUUCUGAUUUUCCAUUUUUCUGUUUUGUUUCCCAUGGUGGGGCAUUUUGUAGGCAGAGUUUUUUGUUCUUGUUCGAAAAUCGCGGUAAAGAGGAGCUAGAAUUUAGGACACGAGAUGGAGAUAGAGAACCAAUUGGAUGGAAACUCAAAUAUGGAUCAACCCAGCUCAUCAAAAGGCAAUGGACCUGAGAAAAGCUCCAACCAGAAUGGCAAUCAACAAGACUUGAACAAAAAAGGAGAGGGGAAAACAAACACGGUCCCGUUUUACAAGCUGUUCUCAUUUGCGGAUUCGACCGAUAUCCUUCUGAUGGUUGCUGGCACGAUCGGCGCAAUAGGGAACGGAUUGAGUCUGCCCCUUAUGACUAUAUUGUUUGGUGAACUGAGUGAUUCUUUUGGCAAUAAUCAGACUAGCUCUGACGUAGUUAAAGUAGUUUCCAAGGUCAGUCUUAAAUUUGUGUACUUGGCAAUCGGAUGCGGUGUAGCGGCUUUUAUCCAGGUGGCUAGCUGGAUGGUCACAGGGGAGAGGCAGGCUUCAAGAAUAAGGGGUUUGUAUCUCAAAACUAUACUGAGACAAGAUGUUUCUUUCUUCGACUUGGAAACAAACACCGGAGAGGUGGUUGAGAGAAUGUCGGGGGACACCGUGCUAAUACAAGAUGCGAUGGGGGAGAAGGUUGGAAAAUGUAUACAGCUUCUAUCGACAUUUAUUGGAGGCUUUACAAUAGCUUUCAUCAAAGGAUGGCUCCUAACGCUCGUCAUGGCAUCCUCCCUUCCUCUACUUGUGAUUUCUGGGGGUAUUACAUCGCUCAUUAUAGUGAAAAUGACGUCCCUUGGUCAAAGUGCUUAUGCCAAAGCAGCCGAUGUUGUCGAGCAGACGAUCAGCUCAAUUAGAACUGUUGCAUCAUUUACUGGAGAGAAACAAGCUGUGAGCAAUUACAAAAAGUUUCUAGUAAAUGCUUACGGAUCGGGUGUUCGGGAAGGUUUGGCCAUUGGACUCGGUUUUGGUACUAUUUUUGCAGUGCUUUUCUUCAGCUAUUCAUUGGCUAUAUGGUAUGGUGCAAAGUUGAUAUUGGAUAAAGGAUACACCGGUGGAGAAGUUCUUAACGUGGUCGUUGCCGUGUUAACUGGUUCCAUGUCUCUAGGCCAGGCAUCUCCAUGCCUAAGUGCAUUCGCUGCUGGCCAAGCUGCAGCCUUUAAAAUGUUCGAGACAAUCAAGAGGAAGCCUCUCAUUGAUGCUUAUGACACGAAAGGAAAGACGUUAGACGACAUUUCGGGAGAUAUAGAACUGAGAGAUGUUCAUUUUAGCUAUCCUUCUAGACCGGAUGAGCACAUUUUCAAUGGAUUUAACCUCAAAAUUCCAAGCGGGAUGACUGCAGCUUUGGUUGGACAGAGUGGGAGUGGAAAGUCAACUGUGAUAAGUCUAAUUGAGAGAUUCUAUGAUCCGCAUAGUGGUGAAGUUCUAAUCGACGGUAUUAACCUCAAACAGCUUCAGCUAAAAUGGAUUAGAAACAAAAUCGGUCUCGUCAGCCAAGAACCUGUGUUGUUUGCAUCCAGCAUAAAGGAUAACAUUGCGUAUGGAAAAGAUGGCGCAACCAUUGAAGAGAUUAAAGCAGCUGCUGAACUUGCCAAUGCGUCUAAAUUUAUCGACAAACUGCCACAGGGACUCGACACACUUGUUGGUGCGCAUGGAACGCAGCUUUCGGGCGGUCAGAAGCAGAGAGUUGCCAUUGCUAGAGCAAUUCUGAAAGAUCCACGAAUCUUACUUCUAGAUGAAGCUACGAGUGCACUUGAUGCCGAAUCCGAGCAUGUAGUGCAAGAGGCAUUGGACCGUAUCAUGGUUAACCGAACUACCGUUAUUGUCGCUCAUCGUCUAAGCACAGUAAGGAAUGCAGAUAUGAUUGCUGUCAUUCAUAAAGGGAAGAUGGUUGAGAAAGGCUCACAUACAGAACUACUUAAGGAUCCGGAAGGGCCUUACUCGCAGCUUAUUCGCUUGCAAGAAGUCAACAGAGAGUCCCAAGAAACAGGAAUCGAUAAAAGUAAACAAGAAAGUACUUCGGGAUCGUUUAGACGAUAUAGUAGAGGAGCAUCGAUGCCACGAUCAAUUAGUAGGGGGUCAUCUGGAGUAGGAAACAGCAGCCGCCAUUCCUUCUCAGUUUCAUUUGGUUUACCUGCAGGAGUUCCUAUCACAGAUGUUCCCAUGGCAGAUGAAAGUGCUCCCGACACAACGGAACAAUCUCCACCAGUUCCAUUCCGCCGACUUGCCUAUCUCAAUAAGCCGGAAAUUCCAGUACUGCUGCUCGGAUCUGUGGCUGCAAUCAUCAAUGGCGUGGUUCUCCCACUUUUUGGCCUACUAUUUGCCAAAGCAAUUGGAACGUUUUACAAACCGCCCGAUCAACUAAAAAAGGAUUCGAAAUUUUGGGCACUGAUAAUGAUGUUGCUUGGUGUGGCAUCAUUAGUUGCAGCUCCAGCAAAAACGUACUUCUUUUCUGUGGCAGGAUGCAAGUUAAUCCAGCGCAUUAGAUUGCUUUGUUUCCAGAAGGUAGUGAACAUGGAGGUUGCUUGGUUUGAUAGGACCGAGAAUUCUAGUGGUUCGAUAGGCGCCAGGCUCUCGACAAAUGCUGCAACAGUGCGUGCAUUGGUCGGGGAUGCGCUGAGUCAGCUUGUUGAGAAUCUAGCAUCCGUUGUAGCUGCUUUACUCAUUGCUUUUGUUGCAAGUUGGCAGUUGGCUUUAAUCGUCCUCGCCAUGUUUCCCCUUCUCGGACUCAACGGAUUUGUCCAAAUGAAGUUCAUGAAAGGAUUCAGUGCAGAUGCGAAGUUGAUGUACGAACAAGCCAGCCAGGUCGCAACCGAUGCCGUGGGGAGUAUAAGAACAGUUGCAUCGUUUUGUGCAGAAGAAAAGGUGAUGGAACUGUACAGAAAGAAAUGUGAAGGUCCUAUGAAAUCAGGCAUAAGGCAAGGCUUGAUCAGCGGGACAGGAUUUGGAGUAUCAUUUUUCUUAUUGUUUGCAGUCUAUGCCACAACCUUCUAUGCCGGUGCUCAUUUCGUCCAAGAUGGCAAAGCGACUUUCUCCGACGUUUUUCAAGUUUUCUUUGCUUUGACCAUGGCUGCUUUUGCCAUUUCUCAAUCAAGUUCGCUUGCACCAGAUUCUACCAAGGCCAAAGAAGCCACAGCUUCCAUCUUUUCCAUAAUUGAUCGAAAAUCAGAAAUCGACCCAAGCGAUGAAACAGGUGAAACAUUGGAAAAUCUAAAGGGUGAGAUCGAGUUUCGACAUGUGAGCUUCAAGUAUCCUUCGAGACCAGAUGUUCAAAUUCUCCGAGACCUUAGCUUGACCAUCCGGCCCGGCAAGACUGUUGCUCUUGUUGGAGAAAGUGGGUGUGGAAAAUCCACUGUGAUCUCACUGUUGCAGAGGUUUUAUGAUCCUGAUUCUGGUAGCAUCACACUUGAUGGAAUUGAGAUUCACAAGUUCCAACUAAAAUGGUUGAGACAGCAAAUGGGUCUCGUGAGCCAAGAGCCGAUCCUCUUCAACGACACGAUUCGAGCCAACAUCGCUUACGGAAAGGGAGGAGACGCAACCGAGGCUGAAAUCAUAGCUGCAUCUGAAUUGUCCAAUGCUCACAAGUUCAUCAGCGGAUUGAACCAGGGCUACGACUCGAUGGUUGGGGAGAGAGGAGCUCAACUAUCAGGGGGGCAGAAGCAGCGAGUAGCCAUUGCACGAGCGAUAAUCAAGAGCCCGAAGGUCCUGCUGUUGGACGAGGCAACAAGUGCACUCGACGCAGAAUCCGAAAGAGUGGUUCAAGAUGCGUUAGACAAAGUGAUGGUGAACCGAACAACCAUAGUUGUAGCUCAUAGAUUAAGCACAGUGAAGAAUGCUGAUAUAAUUGCAGUGGUUAAAAAUGGAGUCAUAGUGGAGAAAGGAAAGCAUGAGACUUUGAUUAAUAUCAAAGAUGGGUUUUAUGCUUCCUUGGUUCAACUUCACACAAAUGCCUCAACUUCAUCUUCAUGAUAAUUUACCUCAAUAUAUCUUUUUUCUUUCUUUUUUCUUUUUCUUUUGUAAAAAUAGCUAUAAGGGUGUGUUAGUAAUUCUUUUUUGGGUUGUUUUAAUAAACUAUUUUUCAGAUAUAGGUGGAGAUUGUAAACUCAACCUCAUGUAUUGCCAAGUUUAAAUGAAAGUUUUGUAUGUGUUCUCUAAGUUGAUGGGAAAAAAAUCACUACAUAAUAUUUAUGUGCA